AUGUUCACGUUGUUUCCACAACUCCCCACAGAGAUCCGCCUGCAAAUCUGGCGCGAGGCGAGUCUUUCCAGCAUACGCGUGCCUCGGAAUGCCGUGGUCCCCUUUGACUUCCGCUGGUACUUUGCUACACAAGGAGGAGAUCCGCUCAUCAAGGUCCAGUGCACGUCGCCCUGGGCGAUUCACGUGGUCAAUCAUGAGGCCCAAGCCGUGACACAGGAGCUUGCGGCUGGACUGGGGCUCACAUGGGAGACUGUCCAGCCGUACAAGUACCCCAUUCUCACGCGUGACUUCCUACCUGAGGAGGACCUCGUAUACCUGCCGAGGCAUGGAGUCAUGCGGACACUUCUGCCCGACAUACUCACGCUUGCGCAACAAAACGAUGACACGCAUUGGGUAAACCGCAGCCUGAGCCGGAUACGCCAUUUGCUUCUACCUGCGUUCACAGCGUACUACAGCAUCGAGAUGAUUGUGCGGGCCAUUGAGGACAUGCCCAACAUGGAACGGGUGUAUGUGGCGUGGGGGGUCCUGCCAGAGAUAUUCUGGAGGGAAACGGAGCAGUUGCCUGACCACCCAUGGGGCCAGGAGUACAACGCCGCCUUGGAGAUUGACGUCCAGCCUCAGUGGACCCUCAAAUACCUCCCGCCCGUGCCCGCGGACUAUGUCGUGCCCGACGAGGACGAUGAGGACGAAGCAAUGCCGGCGGAGGGAGACGUUGAGGUCGAGAUGGUUAUCGACGACGAGAUAUCGGACAAGCGGUGGGUCGAAAAGGGCAGUCUGUGGGAGUGGACGUCUGAGAUGAGCGAUGCCAUCAAUUUUCUCGAACUGGGCGACAACUUUACAAGUCGGUUCACGAAUGACGAGGGCGAAGUGACCUUGGAUAUUGUGCCAGUCACGGUGGUGGUGGAUGGCGACACGGUGCCCGACCUCGCAGGGGGUGGAGGGGGAGGACAUGCAUGGUACUGGUAUCGAUGA